GGGUGAGAGCUCAUUUCCUGUUUGCACAGUUGCCCUGCUUCUCUGGCUAAAGGGCGUCCUGUCAGCUGAGGGUGCCAGUAGGCAACUUCCAAAACUAUGGCUUUCCCUCCGGGAUUUGGAUGGGGGGCAACCACGGCAGCUUACCAAGUGGAAGGAGGCUGGGAUGCAGAUGGAAAAGGCCCUUGUGUCUGGGACACAUUUACCCAUCAGGGAGGAGAGCGAGUUUUCAAGAACCAGACUGGCGAUGUAGCUUGUGGCAGCUACACUCUGUGGGAGGAAGAUUUGAAAUGUAUCAAACAGCUUGGAUUGACUCAUUACCGCUUCUCUCUUUCCUGGUCACGUCUGUUACCUGAUGGGACGACAGGUUUCAUCAACCAGAAAGGAAUUGACUACUACAGCAAGAUCAUUGAUGAUUUGUUAACAAAUGAGAUUACGCCCAUAGUGACCCUCUACCACUUUGAUUUGCCUCAGGCUUUAGAAGAUCAAGGAGGUUGGUUGUCAGAGACAAUCACUGAAUCCUUUGACAAAUAUGCUCAGUUUUGCUUCAGUACCUUUGGAGAUCGAGUCAAGCAGUGGAUCACCAUAAAUGAGCCCAAUAUUUUUGCCCUGUUGGCUUAUGACUUGGGUUUAUUUCCUCCUGGUGUUCCUCACUUUGGAAUUGGAGGUUAUCAGGCAGCUCAUAAUUUGAUUAAGGCUCAUGCCAGAGCCUGGCACAGCUAUGAUUCCUUAUUCCGAAAAGAGCAGAAGGGUGUGGUAUCCCUAACAUUUUUUGUUAUCUGGCUAGAACCAGCAGAUCCCAACUCAGUACCUGACCAGGAAGCUGCCAAAAGAAGCAUUGCUUUCCAGCUAGAUUUCUUUGCGAAACCCAUAUUCACUGAUGGUGAUUAUCCUGAAGUUGUCAAGUCUCAGAUUGCCUCCAUGAGUACAAAUCAAGGCUAUCCAUCAUCAAGGCUUCCAGAAUUUACAGAAGAAGAGAAGAAAAUGAUAAAAGGCACUGCUGAUUUCUUUGCUGUGCAGUAUUACACGACUCGCUUAGUCAAGUACCACAAGAACAAGACAGGAGAACUGGGCGUUCUCCAGGAUGUGGAAAUUGAAUUUUUUCCAGAUCCAUCUUGGAAAAAUGUGGGUUGGGUCUACGUGGUACCAUGGGGAAUACGUAAACUACUGAAAUAUAUUAAGGAUACGUAUAAUAACCCUGUAAUUUACAUCACUGAGAAUGGGUUUCCCCAGAGUGACCCCGUGUCCCUUGAUGACACUCAGCGCUGGGAGUAUUUCAGACAGACAUUUCAGGAACUGUUCAAAGGUACCAUUUGAAAUGAUGAAAGAUCAAUUGUGCA